GUCCACUGAAAGUUCCUGUGUAAGGACAUCAGCAAAAUAACCAGCCAUAGCUACUGCUUUUUUCUUAUUUUUUUCAAUUCAACGAUUCAUUUUUGUCCAUUUGAUUAAGGAAAUAAUCUCUUCCAGUGUUUUAAUGCAACCUUGGGGAGACGUAUUUCAGAUCAUAUUCAAGACCGGCGGAUAGCGGCAGUACAUCUACUUCAGGCUUAUUAGUAAUGCUUCAUCACCUUGGUACUUCUGAAGCAUGGUUUUAAAACUGGAUCUAAAAACUUAACAGCUGAGGGAAAGGAAGAUGACAGUCUUGACGACUAUAUGAUUGAAAAGGUGAAGGAGAAACAGGAUGAUGAAGACAUUGGAGAGGAAAUUUACAAGAUAUUCAAGCAAAUUCAACCUAGUAAAGGCUGGUUCCCAAAUGAUCUUCAUGAAUUUCUUAACUUUUACGAUAUAUGUAAUUUCCCAUUAUUGAAAGUCAAAAAGGAAAUUGUAAAGGAAGAUGAACAAAUUUCUUCAAAAUAUUUACAUGAUAUGGUCCUAUGUGAAAUUGGUUCAGAAAAUAUCGUCAAGAUUAUUCAGGAUAUGGAGAAUAGAUUAAAUGAUGGUUUUGAGGAAAUCAUCAACCAAAUUGAUAGCUUAAAUAUCUUUUCUAUACAACAUAACAGAUAACCAAAAACGAAAUGGUCAUCAUUAGUGUUGCAGUAUUUCGCAGAGAUUAAAAUAAAUGGACAUCAUAACAUCUGUUUAUUUGCAGUCCAUUUACAAUGAAUCCUGGUAGUAAAAAAAAUUUCAUUCAAUUAGCAGUUUUAUCUGAGUUUUGCGAAAUAGGCUAAACUGUCGGUGAAUAAAUCAGUUGCGAAUGAAAAAAAACUUAUCUGUUAUUUAUGUCGUUAAAAUCGUUUACAG